UGGAAACUUUUCCUUUAUUCCCAUGGUCACUAAGAUUAUAGCGCUACCUUAAAUAAGCUCUUGCUGUGACUUUUAUCUUGGCCUUUGCAAGCGAGCUGCUAGUUGACGUGAUGAGAGCUGAUAAGAGUGUUCCUCUUUCAAGCUCAUUGAUUGGUUCUGUGGAAUUUUUUUAAGUCAAUCAUUCAGAGAUGCAGCCGGCAUAAUCUGAUUAUUCCUUCCUGAGCUUGUACACCACAGACAAGAUGGGGGGAAGGGAGCAAAAAGCAGGCUAGAUGGAGCAAACAACCUUUCACAGCCAGUACAGCUUUGCUGCCUUUCCCGAUGGGAGCUGGGAAAUAGCCGUGGUUGUAACAGGCGUGGACUCCUGCUCUUGAUGACCUUGAGGGAAGCUACAUGAAAACCUGGAUAUUAAUUGCCCUACCCCUUGGAGUUGGAGAAAAGUUCAAUGCCCCACAUUGUGGGGCUACUUCAGCACCAGCUUAUAUAUUAAACCAUUGCAUCAAAAGCAAGCCAUGUUCUGGGAAGAAAUUUAACCUAAGAAGAGAAGACAUCUGUGCCUUUGAGUACACUGAGGAAUUCCUGCAUGACCCAUCACUCUUUGCGCAGAGACUUUAAUGCCAUGGCCUGAGGAGCAGGUCUGUCUGGUUUUUGCUGAGCUGGAAGAAGCUGGAGCAGGGGUGCAGUCAUCAGUAUUUGUCCACAAACAUCUCAGCAAUCUUCCUUGCUUCUCUCUCAAAUUCUUUGGGAGGCAACAUGGUGAGAGAGCUUCCAUGAGGCUCCUUGCAGUCUGAGCUCAAGCCAAGUCAAGCUGAUUUUGGAAGAUAAGCUGACUGUGAGUUCGCUGGAAGGGAGGAGGUGGAGAGGAAGAGGAAACCAAAGGACUGUGGUGUCAUUGCUGAAGGUGGGGAGAAGUGCCUUGAGACUGUGCAGCAAACACCUCGGAGCGUGAUCUUUGUGAUUUCCUGGCUUUUUUUUCCUUUCAUUUGCCUGUCGAAUAUGGGUUAAGGCAUUUGACCAUGGUGGUUACCCAGCUACAACUGGAGCUAUGCUUCCAUGGGAAAAAACUGAGAGGUUUCACCUGCAAGCUGACGAAGUCGGCUAAUGGAUUUCUCCCAGAGACGUCCUUCUCCAUUGUCUCCCAGAUCUUCCUGCCAUUCCUCUUGGCUGGUUUGGGCAUGGUGGCCGCUGGCCUGUUGAUGGAUAUUGUUCAACACUGGGAUGUGUUUCGAACAAUUACAGAAGUUUUUAUCCUGGUUCCUGCACUGGUUGGCUUGAAGGGUAACCUUGAAAUGACCCUAGCAUCCAGACUGUCUACUGCUGCGAACACUGGACAGAUGGAUGAUACCCAGGAACAGUGGAAAAUGGCUACCUGCAAUUUGGCCUUGAUUCAGGUACAGGCCACUGUAGUGGGGCUGCUGGCUGCAAUAGCUGCUGUCAUCCUGGGAGCAUUCUCCAAGGGGCAUGUAGAGCUGAAUCAGGCUGCAGUGCUGUGUGCGAGCAGCGUGAUGACAGCAUUCAUAGCUGCGCUCUCCCUAGGUCUGGUGAUGAUCGGCGUAAUCAUCUGUGCACGGAAGGUGGGGAUCAAUCCAGACAAUAUCGCCACUCCCAUAGCAGCGAGCCUUGGAGAUUUGAUAACCCUUUCUCUGCUAGCAGGAAUCAGCAGCACCCUCUUUAAAUACAUAGAUGUGAAAUACCUUUCGCCUCUGAUCUGCGCUGUGUUUAUUAUCAUGAUUCCUCUUUGGGUUGCCGUUGCCAAGCAAAGUCCUUCCAUUGCUGAGGUGCUGAAGUCUGGAUGGCAGCCGGUGAUUGUCGCAAUGAGCAUCAGCAGCAUUGGUGGGCUGAUCUUGGACAAAACAGUCACUGACCCAAACUUCGAAGGCAUGGCAGUUUUCACUCCUGUGAUUAAUGGUGUUGGCGGGAAUCUGGUUGCCAUCCAAGCCAGCCGCAUCUCCACAUUCCUGCACUUCUGGAGCAUGCCUGGAGUCCUGCCGUACAAGAUGAGGCAGAACUGGCCCAACCCAUGCACUACGUUCUUCAUGUCAGGGGUGAAUUCCAAGUCAGCCCGAGUUCUAUUCCUGCUAGUUAUUCCUGGACACCUCGUGUUCCUGUACACCAUUCACUUCCUGCAGGGCGGGCACGCAGCCAUCACCUUCACUUUUGUGAUGUUCUAUCUGACUGCUGCUUUGUUGCAGGUGGGAAUUCUGCUCUACAUGGCUGAUUUAAUUGUGCGACUGAUGUGGAGGAAGGCCCUAGAUCCAGACAAUUUCUCCAUCCCCUACCUCACUGCCUUGGGAGACCUCCUGGGCACAGGAUUCCUGGCACUUUGCUUCCGUUUGGUUUGGCUCAUGAAUGGGACAGAGAUGAAACCGGGAAACUAGCAGGACUUCUGCUGCAGCACUGAUCCAUUGCUGCUCCGCCAAGCAACUCAUUCAGAAUGGUGCUUUAACAUGGUCCAACAGGGUAUUCUCGGUCUUUAAACUGCAAUGGGUCUGCUAUCCUGCCCAUCCCCACUGACCACUGCAUUGCCUUACAGCUGUUAAUUCAGAUUGAAAGAAGCAGAACCCAUCUGGACUUAUACAGCUUUGAAAGUGACCGAACCAUGUGAAAACAGUGUACUUCUUCUAUGUGUGCAGCAAGAAAACCAGGGGCUAAGGAACAAAGGUCAUAUCCUGGCAAAUCUGCAUUUUGAUUGGCUUAAAUUCACACCCCAUUGAAGUCAAUGGAAGUGUUUCUAUUGACUUUAGUUAGUCUUCAGAUAAGAUCCUAGAUGAGGUUGUUGCAAUGUUUCCAAUCAGCAGAUGGAGCCUAAGCGGUUUUUUCCCCCUUCUCCAUGUCUGCCAUAUCCUGGGGGAGGGAGAAACAAUAAAGGCCUUAAAAUUUUUUUUCCAUAACUUGAGUAUUUAGGAUCUCACAGAGCAUGUUCCCCAUAGAAUUAUAGCUCACUGAACAGUCAUCCAGGGCAGGGCCUGACUAAGUGAAUUUAUCUAAUUGACAAGAUGGAUUGUUCUUUCACAGUUUAAGGAAUGUCUGUUCAGAAGUUUUUUAUAGUUUAUUGAAACAUGCACAAAUAAAAUGUAAACUUUUGUAGAUUGAAA